UCAAAGAGCAAGCCUGUGCGCCGAUUGGCUGAAAAUGACAUCACAUAGAAUUGUACUAUUCUUAGCUUCUAGAAACGGGAUGACCUCAUCGUUUUCCUCCCUCGCGCAGGUAUAGACAUACAACAACAAAUAAUGUUAGAAGCGCAGACAGAACGGAGAGGAGCACGGGAGCACAACUACUGAGAAGAGAGAUCAAGGAAGUGUUUAUAAUCACGCAGAUACACGUAUAUGCUUCACGCGUUAUAUGCGUCCUCCUGUUCGUGCUGUAUACAACGUUCAUCCACCAGCUUCAUUGGACUUCUCCAAGCUUUUUGGAUUUUCUUGCGCACUCUGCUUAUCUUUAACUGACUGGACUGGUUUUAAAAAAAUCAAGAGAUGGUGUACUACAGGGACAGUCAGUCCGAACGGCCGCCGUUGUCGCGUAUUCUGCCGCAUCUCUACCUUGGUGCAGAGACUGACGUAACGCAGGAUGGUUUGUCUGACCGAGGCAUCUCGUACGUACUAAGUGUGAGCCGAUGUUGCCCACAGCCUUCAUUUCUACCCCAAUCCCAGUACCUCCGUAUCCCAAUAGACGAUUCCCUGCGGGAUGACCUGCUUCCUUGGAUCCCUCAGGCGUUGCACUUCAUUGAUGGGGCCAUGUCACUUGGCUGCUCUGUCUUGGUUCACUGUGCUGCAGGAAUCUCUCGGUCUCCAGCACUUGCUGUGGCCUACGUCAUGUACAGCAUGAAAAUGGAUCUGGAUCAUGCAUACAGGUUUGUGAAAGAACGCAGACCUACAAUUUCACCAAACUUUAACUUCCUGGGGCAGCUGCAGCUCUUCCAGGGAACACUUUCUUUGAAGAAUAAUAACAUAAACCUUCAUGCUCAGCAGUCAGUCAAACCUUUGGAUAACUGCCAACAGCCCACCAAUGAAGAAAAACACAGCAGUUCCACAGUGGCACUGUUAACUAACUUGAACCUUCAGAACAGCAUGGACAACAACUGUAUUAUUAAUGGAUGUACUGAGGAUUCCAAAGCAAACUUGCACUGUGAGAAUAAGAACAACCAAAUGGAAAAUAUUCAGAGCAGAUCCAGAGUCCAGAAUCCAGAGUUUACCUUAUCUCUCUCAGACAAGCUCGGAGCGCUCACUCUCCGCACAAAUCCUGUAGAGAUACAAGGACCUAUAAACGCCACAUCUCAGACACAGCAGGAUGCACCAAAGUCCAACCUACCUAAGCCUACUUACCUUCAGAUUCCAUCCCUAGCGGAGAAACGAAAAAGCCUUACUCUUUCCCUUACGCCAGUGGGUGCAGUUCCUCAGACUCACCAGAAGGGGUCACCAUCGAACAGUUGUGAUCUUAAGCAGAGCAGUUCCGCAGUUGACCAGACGGGGGCGUUAGAUGACUUGGGCAGAGUCAAUAUGGAGCAGUCAGCAUCAGAAACCAGAACAGAACCAAAAGAGGUGAACAGGUUUAUCAGCAAGGAGGCUUCAGCUAGACACGGCUGCUCAAGAUCACAAAGAAGAAAGAAUAAAUUAAACCACAGAGCAAACGAGGAGCAACAAAAAACAAACCAUUCAAGCACAAGACCACACAGGCAGAUCCAGGGACCAUGUGGGAUCAUGACCUCCUCGCAGGAGCUUUUCGAGAAGGAGGUUACCGGUGGUGUAGAAGCAGUGGAGGGAAUGGAUGGAGACAACAGCCCCCUGUCUCCAGUCAGUCUAACGGUUAACAAAAUACUAGACUGGGGAGAACGCAUGCUGCUUGGUGUCCUACUCGGCCCACGUAUUAAAGUGGGACAGGCUGCUUUGCCGUACAGAUGUUGAGGAGGGACUGGUUGUAUGGACUGCGCUACUACUUAAAGAUGAAGUAUGGACUUCUCAGAGAGGCAUAGCAAAGGAACUGUGAUUAUUCUGUACCUCCCGAAUGAGCAGAAGGAACUUAAAUGAAGAGUGAAAAAGCAUAUGUAUGAGUGUGUAAAUUCACUUAUUUAUUUGAUGAAAUUGCAUGUUCCUCCAAGAGUAUUCGACAGUCGACUCAUGUCAUCUUUAUAGACUGAUGAUAUGUGUAUAAAUGACAACGUCUGGAAAAACACAUGCGAUUUGUUAUGUUAUAAUGCACAGCCUGUCUGCGACUUUAUUUAUUGAAACACAUUGAUAGCUGUUAUUUAUAAAUGGGUAUUUUGCAGGUGGAAUUUUAACACUAUAGCUUGUAUUGAAAAAAGUGUUCAUUAAAAACAAUUAUUUUA